GGUGUGGCCAUGACGUCAUGAGCCUCCGUAACACAGGAUAAGUGAUAUGUGCUGAUUCCUAAGAGGACCGUCAAAAAGCACGUACUCUCUGAUACUUUCCCCGCUGGACAGUAUAUUAGGAUAAAAUCAAAAUGUGAAGAAGAGGGUCCAACGUGACACCAUUUUAUCCACGCCAGUAGCUUAUGAUCUCCAGUCGCGUAGAUCUUCUUGGCAGGAAAUUAAGCUUCUUUUUGGAGAAUCAGCCAAAUGACCUUUUCUUCUGUAAUAGCAGGGAGAGUAUUGCACCGACUCUCCCCCCCAAAAAAUAGUCCAUUGGAAUCCAGAUGAGAGACAGCAGGAGCGGAAUACUUUACGGAAAAGUCUUACACCGCAGAAUCUGACCAAUCUUGGGUAUCUAAUCCUCCUCAGGUUAGAACAACGAGAAACGUUCUAAAUAGAUUUGCCAUAAUAAAUUGCCGAAUCUCUGAAGUGCCAUAAGAUCCGCCGGCUAUAGCCAUUUUGGGACUGAUUUGCUUCUUAGGCUGCAUUCACACCACGUUUUUGCAAUACAGUUCCCAUAUACGUUUUCAAUGUGAAAACCGUACGGAACCGUAUUGAAAACCGUAUGCAUUGAUUCUCCAUUGAAAACCAUACGCCAAAAGAUGCAUCCGGUUGUGUCCGUGUUGCAUCCUGUACGGUUUUGUCAGGUUUUUUUUUCCCCGUACCCAAAACCGUAGUCUACCAAGUUUUUUGGUCAGGGGGAAAACCAUGUAUGUUUUUUUUUUAACAUGGGAGUCAAUGGGAACCAAAAAGAACCGUAUGUGCAUACGGUUCUAACCGGUUUGUACCAUACGGUUUUAGACUUUGCACAGUUUUUUUUCUUGGAAUUUCAAUCAAAGGGGAUUUAAGUGAAACUUAAUUCAAAAUGGAGUGAAAAGUUUAAAAACGUAUACGUUUAUUUCUUAAAAAUGGAUGCAACCGGACUUCAUUUUGCAAACCGUAUACGGUUUUUAACUGUAUAUGGGUUGAAAUUCGUACACACGUUUUGAUACAGUUUAGUCAGGUUUUGAGGAAUCCGUUUUUCAUCAAAAACCUGAUACGGGAACUGUAUUGCAAAAACGUUACCAAUUUGUGCAGCAAAUGCUUCACCCUGCUCGGUCUCUUUGGCGCCAUCGUCCCCAUCGCCAUCUCCUGGGGCUUCUUUGAGGGUACAAAAGCUGACUCUAAGGCUUCUGUGAACUUUCAGUGUUUGGACCCAUCUUGGUUUCUAAAUAUUAUCUUUAUUUACAUUAUUAUGUUUUCUUUGUAGCAACUUGGGAAUUUUCUUUAGGAAAGUCCACACCCCAUUCCAUGGUUUGAGAGUAAAGAUUCACGUAAUUAGCAUAUCCUUAUGUCCAGUCUGAUAGUGACCCAGCAGAUUCAUCUUCUGAUUCUUUCCUGGCUGCUGUCAAUAAAAGCCAGACAAACACAACUUUGGAGAAACUCCGAAACUGUUCAACGGAAACAACCAGAACCGUAUUCAUAUCACUUCCAAACACCAAUACAAGGAUACGGCAAACAGGAAUCAAGGAAUAAGAUAUAACAAUGGAACAAGAAAGAUGAUACCCAGCACUCACCAAUACAAGGAUACGGCAAACAGGAAUCAAGGAAUAAGAUAUAACAAUGGAACAAGAAAGAUGAUACCCAGCACUCACCAAUACAAGGAUACGGCAAACAGGAAUCAAGGAAUAAGAUAUAACAAUGGAACAAGAAAGAUGAUACCCAGCACUCACCAAUACAAGGAUAAGGAAAUCAGGAAUCAAGGAAUAAGAUAUAACAAGAAAGAUGAUACCCAGCACUCACCAAUGCAAGGAUAAGGAAACCAGGAAUCAAGGAAUAAGAUAUAACAAGAAAGAAGAUACCCAGCACUCACCAGUAAUGCAAAGUGAAGAUUUAUUAUGCCAUAGUGUAGUACAAGGACGCGUUUCGGCAUGGGAGCCUUCCUCAGCUGUCUGCCUGUUUAUUUUUAUUUAUUUUUAUUCAUUUAUUAGUAUGCUUUUUUUUCCAUUUUCCUGUAGUAUUCAUUCUAAUUUUAUUUAAUUUCACAUUUGUACAUACAUUUGUUUGUAUUAUGUAUAUUUUGGUAUUGCUCAAGAUAGAUCCACAUCAUUAUGCCAACCAUUCCUCUCAUAUACAUGUAUUAUCCUGCUCUAUAGUCCUGAUCCACACCAGAUUUUGCUUACGACUUGGUACAGGUGAUUGGACCAGGUAGAUAUAAAAUGGAACCAAGACAGCACACAACUCCCACACCACUAAAGAAGGGGUUUGGAUAGAUCCCAGAACACCCCGAAAUGCGUUUGGAGACUUAUGGAGAUUUUAAAUUGAGCAUCCGGAUGAAAAACGCCUAUCCAUAUUCACACCAAGCGAUAUUGGUGAAUAUAUCUCAAGUACGUUUCUGCUGACACGUGUGAAAAAUCUGCAGGGCAAGAAGGGGUUAACCACUGCCAUUCACAUUCACCCCUGCUGCCUAAAAUCCACCUUUGCAUCCAGCCUACAAGUUUGAACAUCUAUUCCUGCAUCAAGUUUGAACCUCCGACGGAGCGAGCGCCCCCACGGUCAUCUGACCGCAUUCUCCGGGAACUCGCCAGCGUGCAGGCCGCAAGGAGCAUCACAGACGCCACCGGCGCAUGGCCGCAGCAAGGUCCAUCGCUGCUGGCUGGAGCACCGAAGCAAGGACAGAAGCACCGACAUGGAGCGGGCUAUGUACAGGAUAUCUGCGGGAGCCGGACGUCACUGGAGACACAUUAUCCCCCUCUGAGGCUCUACAACAACCUGCUGUUCCGGAAGACGCUACCGCUACGUCAGAGAGAGAGCAAGAGGAUGGCGUGCUGUCUGAAGGACGAGCUUCUCUGCUCCAUCUGUCUGAGUAUUUACCAGGACCCGGUCAGCUUUGGCUGCGAGCAUUACUUCUGCCGUAAAUGCAUCACGGAGCACUGGUGCCGGCAGAAGCAUGGGGGCCCCCUGGACUGUCCGGAAUGUCGGAGAACCUUCUCAGAGCCCACCCUGUCCCCCAGCCUGAAGCUCUCCAACAUUGUAGAGAGGUACUCCGCCUUUCCCCUCGACGCCAUCCUCAGCGCCCAGAGAAGCUCAUUCCCCUGCAAGGACCACGACAAGGUGAAGCUCUUCUGCCUGACGGACCGCGCCGUGGUCUGCUUCUUCUGCGACGAGCCCUCCCUGCACGAGCAACAUCAGGUGACCAACGUGGACGAGGCCUUCGAGGAGCUGCAGAGAGAACUGAAGGAGCAGCUCCAGGCCCUGCAGGAGAGCGCGAAGGGGCACACCGAGGCGCUGCAGCUGCUGAAACGCCAGCUGGCCGAGACCAAGUCUUCAGCCAAGAGUCUCCGCGCCACCAUCAGCGAAGCCUUUGAACGUCUGCACCGCCUGCUGAGGGAGCGUCAAAAGGCCAUGUUAGAGGAGCUGGAGUCCGACACAGCCCGGACCCUGACGGACAUCGAGCACAAGGUCCAACGUUACAGUCAGCAGCUGCGUAAGGUGCAGGAGGGCGUGCAAAUCUUACAGGAGCGGCGGGCCGAGACCGAUAAGCACACCUUCUUGGCUGGCAUCUCCUCGUUGUCUGAGAGGUUAAAAGGGAAGAUUCACGAAACCAACCUGACCUACGAAGACUUCCCCACCUCCAAGUACAUGGGUCCUCUGCAGUACACAAUCUGGAAAUCUCUCUUCCAAGACAUCCACCCCGUUCCCGCUGCCCUGACCCUCGAUCCGGUAACCGCCCAUCAGCGCCUGAUCCUCUCCGAUGACUGCACUAUUGUGGCCUAUGGUAACCUGCACCCCCAGCCGCUCCAGGACUCCCCGAAGAGGUUUGAUGUGGAGGUUUCGGUGCUGGGUAACCAGGUCUUUGAUGGAGGGGUGCAUUACUGGGAGGUGGUGGUCUCCGAUAAAACCCAAUGGAUGAUAGGACUGGCUCAUGAAGCGGUGAGCCGCAAAGGAAGCAUCCAGAUCCAGCCCGGGAAAGGCUUCUACUGCAUAGUAAUGCACGAUGGGAACCGCUACAGCGCAUGCACCGAGCCCUGGACGCAGCUCAACGUCAAGAGCAAACUCGAGAAGGUCGGUGUCUACCUGGACUAUGACAAGGGGCUCCUUAUCUUCUACAAUGCAGACGACAUGUCCUGGCUUUAUACCUUCCGUGAAAAAUUUCCCGGAAAACUGUGCUCCUAUUUCAGUCCGGGGCAGAGUCACGCCAACGGCAAGAAUGUACAACCACUGCGGAUCAACACCGUGCGGAUAUAACGGUGCCCGGUGGGGGAGGGGAACUAGAUACAAGAGUUUAUUACGGGGUGGGUAGAGGACAAUCCUAAGAUCCUGUCAUGAACAGAUCCAUGGAGAGAAGUGUCCGCCAUGAUUGUCUCCAGCCUUAGCUAUCUCAGUCUCUGGGGUUGUGUCACGUGUUAAAGGGGUACUCUGCCCCUAGACCUCUUAUCCACUAUCCAAAGGAAAGGAUGUCUGGGGUGCCACAGCCGAGAUUGCGGGGGUCCCCUGCGACACCCCAGACAUCCGGUGAACGGAGCGAACUUCGCUCUGUGCCGGAUGACUGGCGUUGUGGGGCGGAGUCUAAUGCCGUCAUGGCGACGCCCUGCUCGUGCCAUCACGACCAAGCCCCCUCAAUGCAAUUCUAUAGGAGAGGGCGUGGCGGCCGUCACGCCCCUCCCAUAGACUUGCAUCCAGGGGGCGUGGUCAUGAUGUCACGAGCCUCCGACACUGCACCCGGUGCGCUAAACGAAUGCCGGGUGCAGCAGGGAGAUCGCAGGGAUCCCCAGUGGCUGGGCCCCUGCGAUCGGACAUCUUAUCCCCUAUCCUUUGGAUACCCCUUUUAAGCUGGAUGUUGGUUGACCACCAGAUGAAUGUUUAUGUUCUGACUGAUGACCCUUAGGACCCGUGGUGAGGAGGGGCCCAUAGUCCGAAUAGUUGCCUUACCUCAUAUUAUAUAAGACUGGUGACCAGAGAACAAGACGAGGGCCAACUCCAUCCAUGUGUGGGGAUCGCGCGCGCGAGAUAGACUUGGAUUAUUGUACAGUAUUACUAGACGAGGGCGGAGGUGAUGUCCACAGGAUAAGAUCCAGCCCUGGGGACGGGAGCUUUCCAGUCUUGUCGGCUGUAUAUGAUACACCUCGCUAUAUACAUAGGUAGACAGCUGUAUACUUGGUGUAUACUCUGCAGCAGGGAGUUGUCCACAUCGCAGGGGCAGUCUCUAGUUCUUGAUGCAUUAUCAUGGUCGGGGGGGGG